GGGAUUCCCGUCCCGUCUUAUCAAUCAAUCAUCAAUCCAUCCCACCACCCACCACCAUCACGCACUCGCCGUCGCCGCUAUCCCAACGCCAAAAUCCCAUUCUCAGCGCGCGUGCAAAAGAGAGGGACAGAGAUAUCCUUCGCCCGCCCCUCGUGUCGCCUCCUCCGUCCCUCCUCUCUCCCGUCCCUCCGGCCAUGGCGCAAAUCACAGACGACACCCUGCGCGCGGCCAUCACGGAGCGCCUCAAGGCCGAGCACGUCGAGGUGACGGACAUGUCUGGCGGCUGCGGCCAAGCCUUCACCACGCUCAUCGUCUCCCCCCAGUUCCAGGGCCUCACGUCGCUCAAGCGCCACCGCCUCGUCAACGCCGCCCUCAAGGACGAGAUCGCCGCCAUCCACGCCUGGACCGCCCGCUGCCAGACACCCGACGAGUGGCGGCGCGACAGGGCAAAGGCCGACGCCGCCAAGGAGGAGGGAACGACGACGACGACGACGACGGGGCCCUCGCUCGCCGGCACCGUGGGCGGCCACGUCGAGGGCACAACGCAGUGACGCGGACGUGCUGUGCCGUAUGCGGGUGUGUAUAUACGACAAAGGGAGAGAGAGAGAGAGAAUGGGCGCCGCAGGGAGCAGCGAGCGGACUAUAUAUAGCACUGGACAAGCUCGCUGGUGACAAGAACCCCCGUGCAAUGGAUAGAUGGUCGUGGGCGCACAGCGAUCCGGCAAUAGGCUGUGCUGGAACAUGCUGGAGCGGGACGGGGCCGGCGGCCCGAAUCGAUACGAUACCACAAGGCGCAGAGAUGCUACGAGCGCCAUACUUUCGACACAUGAACAAGGAAGACUUCAUUAUACUUGCACCGCCACUGGCGCCUUGUUCCAUGUCCCUUCAAUCACUCCGUUGCAGCGGACACUUGCGUGUCCAUUUAGGCCAACGCUACGCCAACAGUUUCAAGCGCCGAGGACUCCGUGUCUCUACAGCAAACCCAACAAAUCGUCGCUGUCCUUUUUCGGGCCCUGCCCCUCGCCGCCCUGCGCGUUGUGCAGCUGCAUUGCCGCGGGCAGCGGCUGGUGUGACGGCUCGCCUCCAAAGUUCAUGCCCUCGAACCCGCUCAUCAAGUCGUUCAACCCAC